AUGGUCCAACCGCCAUAUCAGCCAAGCCGACCAUCCGACCGGUACCGCAGCCAGCCUCAACAACCAAGACGCCCCGCCUUGCACGCCCACCUGUCCCGAGCCCGCAGACACCACUGCGGAAACCAGCGCACUGGCCACCCGUUGGAGGGAAAUGGCCAGAUCGUGCAACCUUUGCACGGCCGCCACGCCGGCGUGCGAGGUUGCGAGCUCCCGAUUGAUCAACGCGAAUGGGACCCACAUAUCUACGGCCCAGGUCGCCCCGACGAGGGCGACGAGGGCGAGUGCGGCGGUAGGGCUGUGCAGCAGGGCGGUGACUCGUGA